GAUUUGCAGACCACGAGGCGAGAGGAUGUGAGUGAAAAUGGCCAAUGAAAGUGCGCUGAAGCUGGCAAGAGCCUCCCACUCAACGCUUAUGGUCUGAUGGGGGUCCACACUAUGUCCUCCAUAGCCACGGAGUACGGCUCCUGACCACAGAGCAAAGGUGUGGCCAUCUGUACAGAAACACCUCCAGCGCGGCUAGCAUACCACAAUCCAUCCGUUCCGCCUGCUUCCAAUACGCCGCUCCUUUUCAUUGCCUUAUUUAUUGGGAAUGUAUUUCGAGUCCGAGAAUCUCCCCUGCUUCAUUCGUACCAAUGUCAAUCAUGUCGGCGGAAGGCUGCGAUGCGUCUUGGUAUCAGAUCCAUUCAGUCUAAGGAUAUGAAUUAAGCUUUUUAGAGCUCACUUUACGACUGGAGGACGCAAACACCACAGUGUUCCUUCAGACUUUUAUACUGGACCUGAUUGCCGAUCGCAGAGCUGGAUUUCGUCGCUGAUUUCCUGGUUUGACUCUUCUGCAUGGAUAGAAACCGAUGUUUCAUCUGGUUGCACUCCAGUGUGCACUCUUUAGUAAUUGCUUUGCGAAAAGGUUUGUUUAGCUGGUGACAUUUGCAAUCCCUUACAAAGACAUUGCCAUGUUGGUAGGAGUGUGGAGAGAUCCGCAAGAAGGUCUAGCAAGAGGGUCUCUGGACGGCUCGAGCGCAUCACCCACGUCUCACACACUCCAGGCAGGAGCAGCCGAACACAAAGCGCCUGGACAACCUGUCCAGCCCGUACAGCCUGGGCAGAAUGGCCAGAGCCAGCACAUCGAAUGCGUUGUCUGUGGAGACAAGUCGAGCGGCAAACAUUACGGCCAGUUCACCUGCGAGGGCUGCAAGAGCUUCUUCAAGCGGAGCGUCCGUCGCAACUUAACCUACACGUGCCGCUCCAGUAGGAACUGCCCCGUCGACCAGCACCACAGGAACCAGUGCCAGUAUUGCCGCCUCAAGAAAUGCCUGAAAGUGGGCAUGAGGCGGGAAGCGGUUCAGAGAGGACGAGUGGCUCCGAGUCAGCCCAACCCGGGUCUUUACGCGUUGACCAACGGCGAUCCAUUGAACGGCCACUGCUAUUUGUCCGGUUUCAUCUCGCUGCUGCUCCGCGCGGAGCCGUACCCCACGUCACGGUAUGGCAACCAGUGCAUGCAGGCGGGUAACAUCACGGGCAUCGAGAACAUUUGCGAGCUGGCGGCCCGUUUGCUCUUCAGCGCGGUGGAGUGGGCCAGGAACAUCCCCUUCUUCCCGGAGCUGCAGAUCACCGACCAGGUGUCCCUGCUGCGCCUCACUUGGAGCGAGUUGUUCGUACUGAACGCGGCGCAGAGCUCCAUGCCGCUGCACGUGGCACCCCUGCUGGCCGCUGCCGGACUCCACGCCUCUCCCAUGGCCGCCGACCGAGUUGUGGCCUUCAUGGACCACAUCCGCUUCUUCCAAGAACAGGUGGAGAAACUCAAGGCCUUGAACGUCGACUCGGCCGAGUUCAGCUGUGCCAAAGCGAUCGUGCUCUUUACAACAGACGCAUGUGGCCUUUCCGACGUGCCUCACAUAGAGAGCGUGCAGGAGAAGUCCCAGUGCGCGCUAGAAGAGUAUGUAAGGAGCCAGUACCCCUCCCAGCCCGCGCGCUUCGGAAAGCUUCUCCUGCGCCUCCCCGCGCUCCGCAUGGUCUCUUCUUCCGUGAUCGAGCAGCUCUUCUUUGUGCGCUUAGUAGGUAAGACCCCCAUUGAAACGCUGAUCAGGGACAUGCUGCUAACAGGGAGCAGCUAUAACUGGCCAUACAUGGCCAUCCAGUGAUGGACAAAUUACGGCCAAGGAGGUACCAAAACUGGCCACAUUCAACAAUCAACGUUUGGUGAACGUUUAGGAGAAUAACUCAUCACCGUGGACAGCGCACGCCUGCGGAAACUGGUCUGCAUUCCCUGUCGUAUCGGUUUACAGACUGUGCAGGACAAAUAACCAGCGCUGAACCAGCGCUGAACUCCUAGAGUCAAGUCGACAGCCACCUUAACUCUGCAGGAGCGAAUUUUAACGCUGUAUCCGUUUAUUUGAAUAUGUGGAAUUCAUGAGAUACUUUUACCUUUAUCUUUUUUCUACAUUUCAGUCAUAGGAUCUGUCACAAAUACAAAAAAAUCUAUUUCGGUGUCCAAGUUGCCUGUUUCAAACGUUCAGAACAAAUGCAAUCUUCGUUGAAGUAUUUGAAGGAGUAGCCUACAACGUAUGCCCUGAUUUUUGAAUAUCAUAAAAUUGACACAGUUAUUACACGUUCCUAAAUGCAUGAUAAUCUAGAAUAAGGACCAACAUGUUCAUAUCACUUCAUUAACAAGGGACCAAUUAUUUAUUUGACGGAAUAUAUUUCUUUUUCUUUUUUUUUUUAUUUGAUUUCAGAUGC